AUGUCUGAUUCCAGCAAGGAGAAUGCUGCUGAUUUACUAGCAUCUUUGAAAAUUGAUGAAGCAGAAAAGAAGGCGCCAUCCAAUGCGUCUUCCUCGCUCGCGGAUAGAAUUGCAGCUGAGAAGAAGAAACACGCUGCCAACAUUGACAAGAAAUCCGAAGUGAAGGUGUCAGACGAUGACAAGAAGGGGGAACCUAAGAAGAAAGUUGCAGAGGAGGACUCGAAUCUAGUCAAUUCUGAAUAUGAAGUGAAAGUGAAGCUGGCCGAUAUCCAAGCUGAUCCGAACUCGCCGCUGUUCAGUGUGAAGUCUUUUGACCAGCUAGGGUUGACCCCUGAGUUACUGAAGGGUGUCUAUGCUAUGAAGUUCCAAAAACCUUCCAAGAUCCAGGAGAGAGCUCUCCCCCUGCUGUUGCAUAACCCUCCGAAGAACAUGAUUGCGCAAUCCCAAUCCGGUACCGGUAAGACUGCUGCCUUCUCGCUAACGAUGCUUUCCCGGGUGGAUUUAUCUCUUGGGGAGUGUUGCCAAGCUAUCUGUCUAGCCCCCUCGAGAGAAUUGGCGAGGCAGACACUAGAAGUCAUCCAAGAGAUGGGCAAGUUCACCAAGAUCAAAUCCCAGCUGAUUGUCCCUGAUUCCUUUGAGAAGGGCCAGCAGAUUCUGGCGCAUAUCGUUGUUGGUACGCCCGGUACCAUAUUAGACCUGAUGCGUAGGAAGCGGCUUGACGUGAACUCUGUCAAGAUUUUUGUACUUGACGAGGCGGACAACAUGUUGGACAAGCAAGGUCUAGGGGAUCAGUGUUUACGUGUGAAAAAGUUCUUACCAAAGAACGCGCAACUUGUGUUAUUCAGUGCUACUUUCGCUGAACAAGUGCGUUCAUACGCGAAGAAAGUGGUCCCCGAGGCGAACACUUUGGAAUUACAAAGAAACGAGGUCAAUGUGAAGGCGAUCAAGCAGUUGUACAUGGACUGUAACGAUGAGAAGCAUAAGUACGAGGUUCUGUGCGAGCUUUAUGGGUUAUUGACCAUUGGGUCAUCUAUCAUCUUCGUACAGACGAAGAAGACCGCCAAUGUGUUGUACGCCAGGUUGAAACAGGAGGGUCACCAAGUAUCCAUUUUGCACGGUGAUUUGCAGAGUCAGGAUAGAGAUAGAUUAAUUGAUGAUUUCCGAGAGGGCAGAUCCAAAGUGUUAAUCACGACCAACGUGUUGGCGCGUGGUAUCGAUAUCCCCUCUGUGUCCAUGGUGGUGAACUACGAUUUACCUACUCUGGCGAACGGCGAUGCUGACCCUGCGACGUACAUACACCGGAUCGGGAGAACCGGUAGGUUUGGGAGAAGAGGUGUGGCCAUCUCGUUUGUCUCGGACAAGAAAUCCUUCAACACGCUUUCGACUAUUCAAAAAUACUUUGGCGACAUUGAGAUGACGCGUGUUCCUACUGACGACUGGGACGAGGUCGAAGAGAUCGUCAAAAAGGUGUUAAAGGAAUGA